AAAACCGGCGUGACUUUCCACAGUCCGAUGUCUGUUUAGGGGUUUAGCCGGCAGCGUAGAGCUCGUGUAAUAUAUCACUUAAAAUGCAGGUAUUAAGAGCAGGGCUAACCUUCUGUCGAAGACAUUUAAGAAAGCAAAGGACAUUCAUUUUAAAAGACGUGUUAGUGAGCAGCCAUCGGACAUGUACCUCAGGCAUCAUCCCCAAUGAGAAGAUUCGCAACAUCGGCAUUUCCGCACACAUAGAUUCAGGGAAGACCACCCUGACUGAACGCGUGCUGUUCUACACGGGCCGGAUAGCCGAGAUGCAUGAGGUGAGGGGUAAGGAUGGUGUGGGCGCCAUUAUGGACUCCAUGGAGCUGGAGAGGCAGAGGGGUAUCACCAUCCAGUCAGCCGCCACCUACACUAUAUGGAAGGAGCACAACAUUAACAUCAUAGACACCCCAGGCCAUGUGGACUUCACCAUUGAAGUGGAGCGGGCUCUCAGGGUCCUCGAUGGAGCGGUCCUGGUUCUGUGCGCUGUGGGCGGGGUCCAGUGUCAGACCAUGACGGUGAACAGGCAGAUGAAGCGCUACAACGUGCCCUUUCUGACCUUCAUCAACAAGCUGGACCGCCAGGGGUCCAGCCCCGCCCGUGCCCUGCAGCAGAUGAGGACCAAGCUGAACCACAACGCAGCCUUUUUACAGAUCCCCAUUGGCCUGGAAGGAAACCUGCGGGGCAUUGUGGACCUCAUCGAGGAACGCAGCAUUUACUUUGAGGGCCCCUUUGGACAGAGUGUGCGAUACGACGAGAUUCCGUCAGAGCUGUGGGCUGAGGCGAGGGACCGGAGGCAGGAGCUGGUGGAGAGUGUGGCCAAUGCAGAUGAGACCCUGGGGGAGAUGUUUCUGGAGGAGCGGACACCCAGCGUGGCUGAAUUGAAGGCAGCCAUCCGGAGAGCCACUGUCCAGCGGCUCUUCACGCCCGUGCUAGUGGGCAGUGCCCUGAAGAACAAGGGUGUGCAGCCCCUGCUGGAUGCCAUCGUGGACUACCUGCCCAACCCCACUGAGGUCAAGAACUACGCCAUCCUCAACCACGAAGACUCCAGUGAGAGCAGUAGGGUCCAGAUGGACCCAACGCGGGACCCCACACAGCCCUUUGUGGGUCUUGCCUUUAAACUAGAGGCGGGGCGUUUUGGUCAGUUGACGUACGUGCGCGUCUACCAGGGCUGCCUGAAGAAGAGCGAGUACAUCUACAACACGCGCACGGGGAAGAGGGUGCGAGUGCAGAGGCUGGUCCGGCUGCACGCGGACCAGAUGGAGGAUGUGGAUGAGGUCUAUGCCGGCGACAUCUGCGCUCUGUUUGGCAUCGACUGCGCCAGCGGCGACACCUUCACGGAUCGUACCAGUGCCAGUCUCUCCAUGGAGUCCAUCCAUGUGCCAGAUCCAGUAAUCUCCAUGUCUGUAAAACCAUUAAACAAGAAUGACUUGGAUAAGUUCUCAAAAGGAAUAAAUCGCUUCACGAGGGAGGAUCCCACCUUCAGGGUCCAUUUUGACUCGGAGAGCAAAGAGACUGUAAUCUCUGGAAUGGGCGAACUUCAUUUGGAGAUCUACUCACAGAGGAUGGAGAGGGAAUACAACUGUCCUUGCUUGAUGGGCAAACCUAAGGUGGCAUUCAGGGAGACCAUAUCCAGCCUAGUUCCGUUCGAGUUCACGCACAAGAAGCAGUCGGGGGGCGCUGGGCAGUACGGGAAGGUGAUCGGGGUCCUGGAGCCGCUGGACCCGGAGGAUUUCACCAAACUGGAGUUCGCUGAUGAGACCAUCGGCACCAACGUGCCCAAACAGUUUAUUCCAGCUGUCGAGAAGGGCUUCAGGGAAGCCUGCGAGAAAGGCCCACUGACGGGUCACAAGAUCUCAGGCGUGCGCUUCGUGCUGAAAGAUGGCGCACAUCACAUGGUGGAUUCAAACGAGAUCUCCUUCAUAAGGGCCGGCGAGGGCGCCGUGAAACAAGCCAUGGAGAAGGCUACCAUACUCGUGCUGGAACCCAUCAUGUCGGUAGAAGUUGUUGCCCCCAGUGAGUUCCAGGGUACAGUCAUCGCCGGGAUCAACCGUCGCCAUGGCGUCAUCACCGGACAGGAUGGGGCAGAGGGCUAUUUCACGCUCUACGCUGAUGUUCCGCUGAACGACAUGUUUGGGUACUCGACUGAGUUGCGGUCCAAUACCGAGGGAAAAGGAGAGUACACCAUGGACUAUGCCAGGUACAAGCCAUGCUCCCCCAGCACACAAGAGGAGCUCCACCAUAAAUACCUGGAGGCCACUGGACAGCUGCCUGCAAAGAAGGGCAAGGCUAAGAACUGACACGCAGACAUGCAUGUACUCAAACACACACUCACAUCCGCAUGUACUCAAAC